GGAAGUGCUCGGCGGCGCGGUCGUUUCCGUCAUGCGCAAACCGGUCCCCUGGCUGGGGCGCUCCAUUGGGUCUGUGGUCUACGUCUGCAGUCUCAGCCAUGGGAAAGAAGCACAAGAAGCACAAAGCGGAGUGGCGUUCGUCCUACGAGGAUUACGCGGACGCGCCGUUGGAGAAGCCGCUGAAGCUGGUGCUCAAGGUUGGGGGCAGUGAGGUGACCGAGCUCUCGGGGUCCGGCCACGACUCUAGCUACUACGACGACAGGUCAGACCACGAGCGGGAGAGGCACCGGGAAAAGAAGAAGAAAAAGAAAAAGAAGGCGGAGAAGGAAAAGCAUCUUGAUGAUGAGGAGAGGAGGAAGCGGAAAGAAGAGAAGAAGCGCAAGCGAGAGAAAGAGCACUGUGACACAGAAGGAGAGGCUGAAGAUUUCGACCCUGGAAAGAAGGUGGAGGUGGAGCCUCCCCCAGACCGGCCAGUGCGAGCAUGCCGGACCCAGCCAGCUGAGAAUGAGAGCACACCUAUUCAGCAGCUCCUGGAGCACUUCCUCCGCCAGCUUCAGAGAAAAGACCCUCAUGGAUUUUUUGCUUUUCCUGUGACGGAUGCAAUUGCUCCUGGAUAUUCAAUGAUAAUAAAGCAUCCAAUGGACUUUGGCACAAUGAAAGACAAAAUCGUAGCUAAUGAAUACAAAUCAGUCACAGAAUUUAAGGCAGAUUUCAAACUGAUGUGUGAUAAUGCAAUGACCUACAAUAGACCAGACACUGUAUACUACAAGUUAGCCAAGAAGAUCCUCCACGCAGGCUUUAAGAUGAUGAGCAAAGAGCGGCUGUUAGCUCUGAAGCGCAGCAUGUCGUUUAUGCAGGACAUGGAUUUCUCUCAGCAGGCGGCUCUCUUGGGCAGCGAGGACACGGCCGUUGAGGAGCCUGUUCCUGAGGUUGUCCCAGUGCAAGUAGAAACUGCCAAGAAAUCCAAAAAGCCGAGUAGAGAAGUCAUCAGCUGCAUGUUUGAGCCCGAAGGGAAUGCCUGCAGCCUGACGGACAGCACCGCGGAGGAGCACGUCUUGGCGCUGGUGGAGCACGCAGCCGACGAGGCGCGAGACAGGAUCAACAGGUUCCUGCCAGGAGGCAAGAUGGGCUACCUGAAGAAGCUGGGAGACGGAAGCCUGCUGUACAGUGUAGUGAAUGCGGCUGAGCCUGAUGUCGAGGAAGAGGAGACGCACCCUGUGGACCUGAGCUCACUCUCCAGCAAGCUGCUCCCGGGCUUUACAACGUUGGGCUUCAAAGAUGAGAGGAGAAACAAAGUCACGUUCCUCUCCAAUGCCAGCACUGGCCUCUCCAUGCAGAAUAACUCUGUGUUUGGUGACUUGAAGUCGGAUGAGAUGGAGCUGCUAUAUUCGGCCUACGGGGAUGAGACGGGUGUGCAGUGUGCGCUGAGCCUUCAGGAGUUCGUGAAAGAUGCUGGGAGCUACAGCAAGAAGAUGGUGGAUGAUCUCCUAGACCAGAUCACAGGCGGAGACCACUCUCGGAUGCUCCUCCAGCUGAAGCAGAGGAGAAAUGUGCCUGCGCGAGCUGUGGACGAAAUGAAGGUUGGGGACUCUCUGGGAGACAGUGGUGGCUCUGUUCUGGAUUUCAUGUCGAUGAAGUCAUAUUCUGACGUCUCCUUGGACAUCUCCAUGCUUAGCUCUCUGGGGAAGGUGAAGAAGGACCUAGACCAUGAUGAUGGCCACUUGAACCUGGAUGAGACAGCGAAGCUCCUGCAAGACCUGCAUGAAGCACAGGCAGAGCGAGGUGGCUCCCGGCCAUCCUCCAACCUCAGUUCUCUGUCAAACACUUCCGAGAGGGAGCAGCACCCCCCAGGGAGCCCUUCUCGCCUUAGUGUUGGGGAACAGCAGGAUGUGACCCACGACCCUUACGAAUUCCUUCAGUCUCCAGAACCAGCAGCCUCUGCGAAGAACUAGUUUGUAGCUUGACCCGGGGAGUGGUGUGUACCGUCAUGCCUCGUGUCAGGCACACAGAGACCCAGCAUUGCCGCUGUAGCCAUCACUUGGUGAAGAACACAGUGGUGCAGCCUGCAGCCCGCCAUGCAGCUCUGUGAUGCCCUCUGCAGUGCCCCCAGCACCAGCCAGCUGGGCCCCUCCACAUGGGUGUGGACUACAGGCAUGGAGGGCUGCCUAGGUGCCAAGGGACAGGCUAGUUGGCAGCCUGCAUCUGUGCCCUCUGUGCCUCGGAGAGUUUCACUGGAAGACAAGCAGCAAAUGCCAUGAGAUCAGCGUCAAGCACAGCAAAACAUCUGUGCCUAGCUGUGUUUGUUGGAUGCCUAUGUGUACCACAGACUGCUCUGGACACAUGCCAAUAAAGUAGACUGCGAGCUGGCGAGCAUGUGCUUGUCCUGCCCAGCUGUGAUGCAGCAUGCCUAUGUGUCCCACAGGCUGCCUUCAUGGUGGUAAUGUGAGUGUGAAGAACCCACCAGCUGAGGGCAAGAUGAGGUUGGACACUUGAUCCUCGGAGGAGGCUGUGAUGGACCCAUGGGGUAGCACCUCGUGCCAGAUACCAUCAUGACUGCCCGAGGCAGGCAAGAGGUGGCUGGACGCCCAGCAUCCCACGGAGGUUCCUCUGGAUGUCGGUGAAGGAGCCUCAGAGCCAUGUGAUCGAGUCAGGCAGGGCCAGACUUAUACCCUAGAGGGCCAGGAGGCAAGAGCUUGGCCACAUGCACAGCCACUGUGCCCUGGCCCUGGAGCUCCAUGGCUCUGCACCUCACACCUCAGCCCCAGGCCAGCACUGGAGCAGGGCUCCUGGAGAGGCAGUGUCGGAGCUGUACACUGCACUGGCCAGCCCUUGGCAGGACCAAGGCUGGGGCUCCCAGACAAACAGCCCUGUUCUGCAGGAGGCCCUGAGAACAGGGCCACUGCCCUGUGAAGUGUCCACACUCACCAGACAUAACUUCAGUGUGACACGUGCUACGUGCCUUCUGGGAUAGACAGCAAGGCCGGACUUGGGAGCACAGGUGCCUCCUGGGGGCAGCGUCUCACCCUGCAGACAGGAAAGGUCACACCCUGACCACUGAACCCUUGCCGUGAGUACAGAUGGAGAGGCAAGAACAAGGUCUUCCUGAUGCCUUCUCCAUGAAGGAGCAAAGGCCAUUGGCCCAAGGCCAUUUUUAUUUUUAGCCAGACAUGCUGGAUUACAUGCCUGUAGUCCCAGCUGUCUUGGGAAGCUGAGGCAGGAAGAUGACAGGUUCAGCCCUGGCCUGGGCAACCUAGUAAUUUAGUAAGAACCUGUCUCAGAGGCUUUUGGGUAGCUCAAUGUGAAGGCCCUGGGUUCAAACUUCAGUGCCUCCCAAAAAAAAACCUUUUUAUUUUUAAUUUUGUAAAAUGCAUAACAUAAAGCCUAACUGACUGCUCUGAAGUGCACGGUCA